AGGCCAUCAGUGUUCUCACUUCUCACUUCUCUCAACUGUCAGGUCUCACGCCUCUCAACUCUCACGACUCACCGUCAAGCGGCCUCACCGUCUCACACUCUCACCCACUCUGCGAGUCACGCGGCUCGCCUCUCUGCCUCGCCCUCUCACGCCUCUCUGCCCGCUCACUCUCUCUGCCUCCACGCACGCCGCCACGCCCACGAUCACGCCCUCAAGCAUAACGGCACCACGCCCACGAUCUUCUCUUCGCCCGAUCAAGGUAUGGUUCAAUUUCAUUUUUCAUUUUUCCCUUUCUUAAAUAAAUAAAAAAAGGCUGUAAAUGGUUAUUUGAUAUGAGCUAUGGUUUAUGAUUUUAAUGUUUUCGGAUCUGGGUUUUUUGGGGGGUUUUGGUUGUGACAUUAUUUUCUUUGUGCGAUGAAUUGAUUGUUUGAUAUGAGUUACUGUUUAUGAUUUAUGUUUCAGAUCUUGUUCCUUUUUGCGGUUUUUGAUUUUAUUUGGUUUCUAUUUGUUUUGAGUGAUUGUUUGAAGGAAAAUAUUUUACCUCCUUCAAUUAAGACACAAUGGAAAUGUACAAGCAAGUGAUAUAUCUAGGGUAUGGGAGCUUCGGAGAGGUAUGGCUUGUGGAAAACAAAAAGACCACAGAACUCUUUGCCAUGAAAUGCAUUCAGUGUGGUCAACAGAUUGAUAACUAUGUGGCUAGAGAAAUCAUAAUCCAGAAAUCGCUUUAUCAUCCCAACGUAAUUCAAUUCAAGGAGAUAAAACUCACGUCGCUCCGAGACUCAGAUUUGUCAACGUUUCGAGUUUCAAUAAUCUAUUGAGAUCAGAAAUAUUCAUAAGUAAAGACAGGAAGCUGCGAGCCAUUCACCUGAUAUUAGACUACGAGCCUCUGUCAAAAUCAUUCCAGGAUGUGGGCUAAGCAAUAAGAGCCAACGACCCCAGAUUAGCCCGCAUUGACGUUUUUGUGCCUUGGUUCUUGGCUUGAGACCUUCCACCAGUGGAGCUGUCUUUUUAACGCCUUCCCAAGGAAGUAGCUGCUCCGAAGGAGGAAACAACCUCUUCACGUCUAUCUCUCGAGGCCGAGAUUGACCAAUUUUGCCUUGAAGUAGAAGGUGAAGUGCCAGAAAGGCCAGUUGAACUCUCAAAUUCUGAAACUGAAUCUGACAGGUUUUUUGCGGCCCAUUCUUCGAGAUUAGUUGUUUCCUGGGUUGAUAAUAGUUUUGAAGAAGAGGAAGGGAUGGAACUGAAUACGAGGAGAGGCCUGAAAGCUUUAGUUGUUGGGAAAACAAGGGGUCCUCGUCUAAGGAGGUCCCCAAGUCCCAAAUUCCAGCCAAUCUUCCCCUUCACCCUCCUUCCCCUGUAACCACAGUCGGACUGCUUCCUUGUCCGGAUGAAGAAAAAGAGAAAAGUACAAGAAGUGGAAGAGGGCAAGAUGGUUUCUUUCAAGGGGGCCAAGCAAUCCAAAAAUGUUAAGGACAAACGGGCUUCCUCCUUGGAUAGUAGGGAGGAAUUUGGUGGGGCUAAGGUGCGUCGAGGGCCAUGCACUUGGACCCAUCGGAUGGAGCUGGAGAGUGCCCCCAUCCCCUAGGACGCUACAAUUUGGGAGUCUCAGAAAGGGCACACCUCCUACUUUGCUGUAGAGCAGCCUUUUCUCCUUUCUAGAGACAUGGAGGCUCUUAGGCGCACGAGGCAACCAGACCUCUUCAUGUCAUUGAAGAGGGACCUUGCUAUGGUUAGUUAAUCAACACCUUCUUGAGUCAAAUACUAAGAUACGCUUUCAUUCAUUAUAUGUGUAUAUAUAUAUGACCCCUUUGUUAUUUUUGUGCAAGUUACCCAACAAGUUUUUGUGGCUGAGGAGUGGGUCCGAAAUGCUCGUAAUGAGGUUAGGGCUAAGGCCCAUUUCUGUGCUAAGGUUAAGAAGGCCCUUAGAGCCCUCAAGCAAGAGCACACGGAGUUAGCUGACAAGCUGACUACUGUAGAGAUGGCGCAUUUGAGUGCUGAGGCCGACUUGAAGAAUGUCGAGGCCCAGGCUGAGGACCAACGCCAGUUGCUCCACGUGAUUGAGAUAGACCUGGCCACCUGGAAACAACUAGUAUUGGACUUCAAGGCUGAGUUGCAGGAAGCCAAGGAUGCAGCUCAGGUGGUGAGGAAAGCUUCUGAAGCCGCGGAGAAAGUAGCCUACGAAUGUGGGGUACUGGAAACGGAAAACCGGCUGGCUAAGGAGGUGGCCGGAGUGUGCAGGGAUUACUGCACUAAGACAUGGGUAGAGGCGCUUAACUGGGCGGGGGUCCUUGCUGACUUCGAGCUGAGGAAAGCUAAGAGCAUUUUCUUUCCUGAAGACAUACAAGAGGCUCUAGCUGAACUCCCUCCUCCUACUGCUCUACCCCUUCCUCCUCCUGAGCAAAUCUCCAGCAUCCAAGCCCUUUCUAUUGAUGUUGAAGUCUCAGCAGGGGCAGGUAAGGGUAAGAAGGUCCUAUCCUCAGCCAAGGACACUCACUCCGAGGACGCCCUUACGAUUAAGGAUGUGGUCUCCUAGGCUAAGGAAGUCAAGUCUAAGUCUAAAGCUGAGGAUGCAAAGCUCAAGGCAGCUAAUUCCAAAGAUGGCCCUCACCCAAUAAAGGAGUAGUUGUAGGAUUUUUUUAUUUUAUCUUUCUGUCAUUUUCUUUUGUUGUGACUUUUGCCCCCGCUUGUAAUGUACCUUCUUUUUAUCUCUUAUGUCUUUACUUUAUAUGCUUUCAAGCUUAUUACUAUUGCAAAUAACAUCGAAUUGUUGCUA